AUGACGUCCAUAGGUACAGGUUACGACCUGUCCAACUCCGUCUUCUCGCCCGAUGGCCGCAACUUCCAAGUCGAGUACGCAGUCAAGGCGGUGGAGAACGGUGGAACAGCUAUCGGCAUACGAUGCAAGGAUGGCAUAGUGCUGGCUCUAGAGAAGCUUGUCACGAGCAAGUUAUUGAAGUCGGGUGCGAACAAGCGGAUAGCCACAGUUGACCGGAAUAUGGGCAUCGUUUCCUCAGGUCUUCUUCCCGACGGUCGCCACUUCGUCUCCAGGGCACGCGACGAGGCGUCUUCCUGGCGCAACCUCUACAAGGCUCCGAUCCCCACAUCCUCGCUCGCAGACCGCAUGGGAAGCUACGUCCAAGCAUACACUCUCUACUCUAGCGUGCGACCCUUUGGCGUGACCGCCAUCAUAGGAGGCUGGGACUCAGAAGCGGAGCUGCCCGUAGAUGGCCAGGUCGGAGCAGGACCAGGUGUUGGCUCUGGAGGCAAGAAGGACGGUGCAAAGCACGGCGGCCCAUACCUAUACAUGAUUGAGCCGAGCGGACUCUACUGGGGUUACUAUGGCGCAGCUACGGGCAAAGGACGACAAAUCGCGAAGUCCGAGCUCGAGAAGCUGAACCUCUCUGAAGGUGAGCUCACGCUCGAGGAAGGAGUGAAGGAGGCUGCGCGUAUCAUCUAUAUUGCGCAUGAUGACAACAAGGAUAAGGAGUUUGAGCUGGAGAUGACUUGGAUAAGCUCUACAACAGGCCCGACCAAGGGCAGGCAUGAGGAUGUACCGAAGGAGCUGAGGGAAGAGGCCGAGCGACUGGCGAAGAAGGCAUUGGAGGGUGAUGAUGAAGAUGAGGAGGAAGAGAAGAUGCAGGAAUAG